UCAAACUAGCACGGGCAGCCCUGAUUGGCCCGGGGUGGCCGCGGCAGGCCAGGCUCCCUCCUCGCGCCCAGGCGGGUUAUUGUCUCUCGACUUUCGCAGGCGGCUCUCGCGCGGAAUCGGGACCGGACUUCGCCCAGGAGCGACGCAAACAUGGCUGGAGGCAAGGCUGGCAAAGACAGUGGAAAGGCCAAGGCAAAGGCAGUAUCUCGCUCGCAAAGAGCUGGGCUUCAGUUCCCAGUGGGCCGUAUCCACAGACACUUGAAGACUCGCACCACAAGCCAUGGGAGGGUUGGCGCUACAGCUGCCGUAUACAGUGCUGCAAUUCUUGAAUACCUCACUGCUGAGGUGUUAGAGUUGGCAGGCAACGCUUCGAAGGAUCUUAAAGUAAAACGUAUCACUCCACGUCACUUGCAGCUGGCCAUUCGUGGCGAUGAGGAGUUGGACUCCCUCAUUAAAGCGACCAUUGCUGGUGGAGGCGUAAUUCCUCACAUCCACAAGUCUUUGAUUGGAAAGAAGGGACAGCAGAAGACUGCGUAAAGAGGCGCUUUCGGCAGCCCGCUUCCUCCCUGUCAUUGUACUGUAAUUGGGACAGAAGAAAUAUGGGGAUAUGUGGAAUUUUUUUAAAAGAAUAGUUAAAUGGAAGAGCAUAGACAAUUGACUGUAGACUUAAAACAUUUGUAUGUUCUAGAUUUAAAGUUUGACAAAAAAAAGAAAAAGAAAUACCCUGUUAUGUGGCAGCAAUUUGUGUGUUGAUUGGCUAGGUUUCUCCCAUGUGUUUUAUACAAAAAUGGAACUGAUAAAACCAUUUUUUACAAAA